AUGUCUGCGUACGACAAUGCCUUUGGCCCUGGCUUCGCCAAUCAAUUCGAUUUCACAAUCGUCUUUGAGAACAGCUUCAUGGCAAUUGUGCCUGCUGUUGUUCUCCUGGUCGGCAGCCCCGUAUACAUUGCGCAUUACUGGAAGAAAGACGCUGUAGCAGACCGCGGACUAUUGUACUGGGUCAAACAGAUAUUGGGACUGGCUUUGUUUGGCAUUGAACUCGCGCGAUCUGCUAUUUUGUGCCGACUCGACUACAUUCAGGAGCAGUCUCUGCUCUCCUCCACCACCACUGCAAGCUCCGUCUUGGCCACUCUUUCCACCGUUGCAAUCAUGCUUACGCUUCACUGGGAAUAUUUCUAUGCGUUUCGAUCCGCAUCCUUCGUCAGCUUGUCUCUUGCACUUUCUGUCCUGGGCGAAUCUGCGCGCGCUCGAACCUUCUACCGCCGACCUGGUACUGGCCUUGCUCAAGUUGGCGAUCUCACCAUCGCCUUGAUCGUGGCCAAACUGGUUUUGAUCGUUGUGGAAGAAAUCCCCAAAAAGUGGAAGGAGGGCGUAAGCCAGGCUGACAAGUACACGCUAGAAUCUCGAAGCGGUGUUCUGGACAGAAUUUGGAUGUACUGGAUCAAUUCAAUUCUAGUCCGUGGCUUUCGAACAACCAUCACGAUGCAAGACAUCCUGAACAUCGGUCCCGAAUUCAGAUCCAAAGAUCUUACUGCUAGGUUUGACCGUGUCUGGGCUAAAACGGACAAAACCGCCAAGCGGGCUCUUCUCUAUGCCUGCGCAAAGGUUGUUUGGAGACCCUUUGUUGCCGCCCUUGUCCCCCGCAUCAUGUACACAGGUAGUUUCUUUUCAUACCCAUUCAUUCUCCAAGCUGCACUUUCAUACUUGGGCGAUCCGAAUCCCCCAGGAUACAGUGGCGGAGGAAUCAUUGGUGCCACUGCAUUUGGAUACUGUGGUUUUGCUGUACGUAGAUGUGUAAAAUAA